AUGGUCGACGAAACUACCAAACUGGUUCUUGAAGGUUUCCCGUCCGUUACAAACCAUGGGCGGUUCCAAAAGACCAUGGAUGCAAUCCAUUCUCGCUCCAAGGUGGUUCUUCGCAGGGUUCUCUUUGACUUAUUCGUGUCGGACAUCAGUGACCCUGAGACCCUGCAGUCGCGCAUCCACGAGCUUGUCGCCGAGCGCUACGAGUAUGCAAAGUCUCACGAAGUCUCACUGCCUACCAAGAGAAAAAGCGAGGAGUCCCCGGGAAAGAAGAGAAGGCGCAAGAAACGAAGAAAGACCGCGACAUACAUAUCGGAAGGGCCGGAUGAGUGCACCCGUUGUGAAGAGGAGUUUGGACCCGAAGACCAGUCGAAGGGUUGCUUUCGCCAUCCAGGCAUCAUGCAACUCAACCGUGCGUCCUACUCCUGGUGGAUCGAGGAGGGCAUAGAUACCUCUGAGUAUACGUCGAAAGAGCUAAAUGCUCCACAUCAUCGCGAAGAGAACCCAGACGGGUUCACCUGGAGUUGUUGUGGUCUGCCUGGUGGUCGACGGGGUUGCAAACGGUGUCCACACAAGGCAUAUGAGGGCGAUACCGACUACAGUGGAGACAGUGAAGAUAGUGAAGAUAGUGAUGAGGCUGACGACGACAGUGGCAGUAGCGAUGAAAGUGAUGAGAGUGAUAGUGGCCAGGAUGAUGAGGAUGACGAGGAUGAUUGA